UUCGUUUCGUAUUUCUUAUUUUUUAAAUUUCAUUUCAGAGUAUGUCAGGAAUUGAAGUUGGUGAAGAGGUUUCCACAAUCUAUAACGAUAUGAAGCUUAGAAGCACCUUGAAGUGGGUUACCUUCAAAAUAGAGAAUAAGAAGAAAAUCAUCAAGGAUCAAAGUGCUGAACCAAAUGACAAUUAUGGCGAUAAAACGCAGUUCGAUGAGAUGAAGGCCAAACUGACUUCUGAACCACGAUAUAUUCUCUAUGCUUUCAAAUUCUACUCAAAGGAAGGUCGCAAGAUAAACAAGAUUGCUUUCAUUUUUUGGAUUGAUGAAGACAAUGCUAAAAUGGGAGACAAGAUGAUCUACUCAUACCACAAACACGAUGUAAAGAAGGCGUUUAAUGGCAUUGCUGUGGAGUUCCAAGCUAACACUAUGGCCGACUUAGACUACGAAACAUACACGGCCGAGGUUGAGAAAAAGGCUUAAAAUCAUUACCCAGAACCCGAUUUGAUAAGAUUAGAUACGCGUUAGAAAACCGUUCGAAGUUUUAGUCAUUGUCAAAGUUUGAGAAACGAAAAAUGAAAGAUGCUAGUAGUUUUUCUCUGUGCGCGUGAGUGUAUUACGUUAACAAUAUUUGUUGAUAAUAAGGCCCGGAUGACGACAUGGAUGACUGUUUGGACAGCAGCUGUAUUGUUCCACACCAAUAAUCAAUCAAAUUCGACAUCAGGGUGGGUGUAAUGUGGGCGGAGCUUCAAUGAUAGGCCACACAUUCCUACAUAGCUGUACUCCAGAGGUGCAGUGUAAUUUGAUUCAAUUAUCGUCACAAGUUUAUAUGAAUUAUUCAUUUUGAUAUCAUUAUCCUUACAAGGUUAAAUGAAUUAUUCAUCUGAUAUCAUUAUCUUCACAAGGUUAAAUGGAUUAUUCAUUUGAUAUCAUUAUCCUUACAAGGUUAAAUGAAUUAUUCAUCUGAUAUUAUCUUCACAAGGUUAAAGGAAUUUUUUUAUUUGAUAUCAUUAUCCUCACAAGGUUAAAUGAGUUAUUCAUAUGACUAUUAGCCUCACAAGUUGAAAGAAUUAUUCAUUUGAUAUCAUUAUCCUUACAAGGUUAAAUGAAUUAUUCAUCUGAUAUCAUUAUCUUCACAAGGUUAAAUGAAGUUGUUAUUUGAUAUCAUUAUCGUCAAAAGGUUAAAUGAAUUAUUUUCGAUAUCAUUAUCCUCAGAAGGUUAAAUGAAUUAUUCAUUUGGCAAGAAUACUGGAGUUGACUUGACAUUGCUUUGUUGUUAAUUGCUAUAAUUAUAGGUUGGUUGUGGUCUUUUAUUCAAUCAAGGUUGGUGAAGGUUCUUUUUUAUUCGCGACUAAAUCAUCUCUCAUUCUCUUUACUUUGCUAAUAUGUUCCUUUAAGCUUUGAUUAUAAAUCAAGUAAGUAGUAUCGGAAAUGAAGUUUCUUGGUUCGCAGAUAUAAAGUUUACGUGUAUGCUUGCAAGCAUACACAUCUGACUUUUGUUACUUGUUAUUCUGAAUAUAUUUUCUAGCUGAUUGCAAAUAAUAUGCCGCAUGGCUAAUACCAUAAUACCCAUCUUCGUCAAACUCGAAUCUUAAAAGUAAUGUUUCAGUUCCAAUGUUUUAUUUAAAGCGGCUUAUCGUGUUUCUAUUUCUAUGUUUUGAUGGCUUCUGUUAUAAUUGUCUUUUUAUUACGGUUACGGCUGUUCAGUCUACAAGUUUUAUUAGUUGAGAGAAUAAAUAAUGAUUACUGCAUAAAAAA